AUGAACACGAGCAUUAAUACUCUCAAACGGGUCCAACGUAUGCAUGCGAAUUUUGCUGCGCUCAACCUUAACGCAGAAGAAGGUGGCAUGGGGGAUGAGCCGCCAGAUAUAGGGGAAGAAGGCAUGGUUGACGAGGUUAUAGAAAUCAUCCUGCAUACACUCUUCGAGAGUGGAGUCACAAGAAUUCAAGAUCUUGAGCGGUACAUCAAGGACAAUGUCGUCUGGCACGAGUUACGCCUGGUUGACCUCGAGAAAAAGCUUGUUGGAGCAUACCGCGAAACUGUUAAGACACAAGUAGAAAUUCUCAAUGAUGAUGCGCUGUUUGCUGGUGAAGACGACGAAAGUGCGUUUGUCAUGGGUGGGUUUUCUGACACGCUUGGUGAUAGUUUCCUCAGGUUACGGGAGCCUGGCAUUGCUGCCGAAUUGGGGUCAUUGAGUCUCACUAUCCCAAAGAAGCUACUCAGGGAAACUAUGAGGAGCAGCAGGGGCUACUAUCGAGUACCAAAACCCAAAGAACCACCACCGCCAUAUCCACCACUGCCUCCCUCACUUCCUAUCACGAGCAAGAAUGUGGGCGACCAGAUUGGGUUAUUGCGUCCAUCGCUUUGGACUCGCCGACCGCUUCUCAAAUCACUGCAUUUUCAAAUUGGACUUUGCCUCGUGGCACUCAUACUCUCACGUUGGGGCUUCCAGCGUUGUGCUUUCGUUACAUCUGACAUUGCUUUCCAUGCUAUAUCAAUAUUCUCUCCUUGA